AUAUUUCCUCUAAAUUAGUUAUAUAUAUUGUAGAAGACUUGUGAAAGUCUAGUCUACUCCAUUCCCUAUUAUUGCCAUCCGGCCGUUUUUUAUAAAUAUCCUCUUUCUGUCGCUCAAUCAAACUCAUUCCUCCGAUUUCUCUUCCCAAAUUCACAAACCCUUUUUCCUACUCUUGUCGCUGAUGGGUUUCGAUCUUGAAGAGAAAGCCAAAGAGGCUUUUGUCGAGGACCACUUUGAAUUGGCCGUUGAACUUCUCACGCAAGCCAUUCAUCUUCAUCCUACCAAUCCUCAACUCUACGCUGAUCGUGCUCAAGCAAACAUCAAACUCAACAACUUCACUGAGGCUGUUGCUGAUGCCAACAAGGCUAUUCACUUGAAUCCUUCUCUAUCAAAAGCAUAUUUGCGCAAAGGUAAUGCCUGUAUGAAACUUGAGGAAUAUCAUACUGCCAAGACUGCAUUAGAGACAGGGGCCUCAUUGGUUCCAGACACAUCAAGAUUCUUUAAUUUGAUCAAAGAAUGUGAUAGGCUCAUUGCAGAAGAAUCUUAUACCGUACCUACACAGGAUGCAACUCCAAAAGUCCUUGAACCAGAGCCAAUAGUGGCGGUAACUAAGCCUAAAUAUAGGCACGAAUAUUACCAGACACCUCAACAAGUGGUUGUAACAAUAUUUGCAAAGGGGGUCUCCAAAGAAAGUAUUACUGUCGACUUUGGUGAACAAAUACUAAGGGUCAACAUUGAUGUCCUUGGAGAAGAUGCAUAUGUUUUUCAAUCUCGCUUAUUUGGAAAGAUCAUACCUUCGGGAUGCCGGUAUGAAGUUAUGUCCACCAAAAUUGAAAUUCGCCUUGCUAAAGCAGAAUCUGUUCACUGGAAAUCCCUAGAAUUCACCAGAGAAACCACAGUUGCACCAAGGGCUAUUGACUCUUCAGUUACUGGAACUCAAAGACCUACUUAUCCGUCCUCAAAACCGAAAAGAGUAGAUUGGGAUAAGCUUGAAGCUCAAGUUAAGAAAGAGGAGAAAGAUGAAAACCUUGAUGGCGAUGCUGCACUGAACAAAUUUUUCCGAGAAAUAUAUCAUGAUGCUGAUGAGGAUACAAGAAGAGCAAUGAAAAAGUCAUUUGUGGAGUCGAAUGGAACAGUGCUGUCUACAAACUGGAAGGAAGUGGGAACAAAGAAGGUUGAAGGAAGUCCUCCGGAUGGCAUGGAGUUGAAGAAAUGGGAAUAUUAAUAUCUUUUCUAAAUUAAUGCUAUUUCUACCUUCUGUUUUGGGGAUAUAUUGUGAACAAAAGUAGUAAACUUUUUUUGUCGAGUUUUCAUGACUUGAUUGGUGGCUGAUUUUUCUCUGUUUGGUGAAUGCACAUUCUUCUAUUUCAACUUUCUAUUAGUAAUUGUGUCUGGCUUGUGUUAGAGUAAUUAUAAUAAAAUUAUUUAAGUUUGUCAGAUUAAA